AUGCCCACCUUCCCCGUCCGCUCCGACACGCUCUCGCCUGAAGAGCUCGCGAAGAUCAAGCCACCCAGGUCGCGCAAGCGUGCCAGCCAGUGGAUCCGUUUCAUGAUCUGGUACAACAUGUACAAGCGGUUGUUCACGAUCAUCGUGCUGUUCAACUUCAUCGGAAUGAUUUGUGCCGCUUCUGGCGCGUGGCAAUAUCCUCGCGAAUACACGAGCGGCUUCGUUCUCGGCAACCUUCUGAUCGCUGUUCUCGUCCGUACCGAACUCUUCGCCCGUUUUGCCUAUCUCGUUGUUACCUCAUUGUUUGCGAAGUGGCCUCCUCUAUGGUUCCGUCUCGGUAUCUCCUCGAUUCUUCAGCACUUGGGUGGCGUACACACUGGAUGCGCGAUCUCUGGCACGAUGUGGCUCCUGUUCCGCAUCUGCCUCGUCACGGUCGACAGUGCAAAGUACAACCCCGCAAUCAUCGUCACUGGCUUCGGCAACCUCAUCUGCCUUGUUAUCGCUAUGACCGUCGCUAUUCCCUGGAUUCGCAACCACCACCACAACGUCUUCGAGGGCUAUCAUCGCCUUGUCGGUUGGCUCGGUGUUGUCUUCACUUGGCUCUUCACUGUUCUUAGCGACAGCUACGACAUGAAGACGCACAAGUUCGACGCCAGCGGCGCCAGCGUCGUCGCUCACCAAGAAUUCUGGUUCCUUCUCUUCAUGACCAUCUGCAUCCUCAUCCCUUGGUUCACCGUCCGCAAGGUCCCCGUUGAGAUCGAGAUCCCGUCGCCGAAGGUCGCCAUCCUCAAGUUCAGGCGCGGCAUGCAGCAGGGCAUGCUCGCGCGCAUCAGCCACCACCCCAUCAUGGAGUACCAUGCUUUCGGUAUCAUUUCCGUAAGCAAGGACGCCGACUGCCACUACCUCGUCGCCGGUGUCCAGGGCGACUUCACGCGCGGCCUCGUCGAGAACCCGCCAACGCACCUGUACACGCGCGAGCUCAAGAUCACAGCCAUCUCGAACACCUCCACGCUCUACCGCCGCGGCGUCCGCGUAUGCACCGGUACUGCGAUCGGCGCCGCCCUCGCGACGUGCAUCCAGAACCCGAACUGGUAUCUCGUGUGGAUCGGCUCUGGCCAGAUCGCCACGUUCGGCCCGACCAUUGCUGGUCUGAUCCACAAGCACCUCCACCCCGGUCGCGUUACGAUCUGGGACACGAAGGAGCGCGGCGGGCGCCCGGACACGGCGAAGAUGGUCUCGGAGAUCUGCAAGAUCUGGGAAGCGGAAUGCGUGAUCGUCACGUCCAAUCUGAAGGGCUCGACAGAGAUUAUGGAGAGCCUCAUUGGCGAGGGCAUCCCGUGCUUCGGCACGUUGUUCGAUUUCUGAGCGCAUCACGACACCUCCUCACACCCCCUAUCCUGCCCAGAGCGCGCGGCAUGGUGGGCGCAAGCAGGUGCCCGCCCGAACGCCUCUGGUUAUCUCCUCGCAUAUACUCACCGACCGAACCACGCACACACACUCGCACCACACCAUCGGUCUCGCAGUCUCCAAGCAUCGUCUACGACAACCGCCG